CACUCGACAUCAAUGGAUGAAAAAGUUUACUAACAAAGAAGAAAGGUUUGUUAUUUUCUUGCUUGGAUUUUCAUUGUACAAGACAGUGAUAUGUUUUUACACCAGAUGAAAAGAAUUGUGGAAUAUUAAAACAGACAAAGAACCUUUGUAAAGAAAAACAGCUGUCAUGGACGUAUCACUACAUUUAUCAGGAGUGUUUUUCCUGCUUUGUGGGAUAUGGUGGAGUGUCCAAAUCACGAAAAAGUUUUACUAUGCAAAAGAUCAACGAACCGACUUUAAAAGCUCAACAUCCUAUGCAUGUUGUUAUUCAUGUCGAAAAUUUCCUAUAGAGAGUUUUACCAAGUUUGCCUUCAGUAUUAGUUACAUUAUUUACGAAAUAGUAUUAGCAACAGAUUUUGGUCAUGCCGAAAAUUUACACUAUGAGAAUCUCCUACACAUGACAGUUUUUGCCUUUUUCACAUUCAGUUUUAUCAUUGAGAUUAUUCAACACUAUAAGGUCAAGUUGGUUGUAAAUGACCUUGAAUAUGUGACCUUGAUAUUUGCAUUUGGUGCUCAGGCCUUACUUUAUGGCUGCCAUUUUACAACAGAAUAUUCGGUAAAAUGUGUAGUGCAUAAUCUCAUUCAGUAUACAGCUGUUUUAUGUUGUGUAGUCACUGCCUUAGAAAUGAUGUUUCGAACCAACAUAAUUUUCCCAUUGUUUCGUGGAGUCUUUGUCAUGGUGCUUGGAACAUGGACUUUACACACAACCAUCAUUUUGGUAGACAAAGAAAUGUCAACAGAUACAAAAGACAAUGCUUGGAUGGUCACCCUUUAUUUUACAUGGCAUUGUGCAAUUAAUGGAGUACUCAUGUUGUGUAUUUGGUUGAUAACGUAUAAACUGUUUACACACAAUAAGUGUUGUUGUUUACCUUUAGAUAACAGCACAGAUGACAAUGUUUGUUUACACAACAGAGUUCGCUUUGAUUAUCCACUAUUGAACAGAUUCGAUUCAGAUGUUGAUUAAUUCUUAUUACAAUCAGAAAUUGUUCCCUACCCUUUUUAGUUUUUUUCGUCUUCAUUAUGGUGCUUUUUUUAUAGAUUUGGUGUUGCACACCAGUUCUGUACAUAAAAUAAAAUAAUUGAAUUCUUAAAAUAAUUUGAAAUUCUACUCAAAUUAAUGUUACAUUGAACAAUAACAUGUUCAAAUAAUGAAACUUUUUGAUUAUUUUAUAUGUUAAAAAUUCAAUAAUGUAAAGCAUUAGGAUCUAUUUUUUAUUAUUUUAUUUAACAUAGUUAGUGUUGUUCUACCCCUAUAGUAAAUAUUUCUCUAGACAUGUAGACAUAUAUAUGUCUUUUGAUCUUUAUGGGUUGCUGUCUCAAUGACAUAUACUCACAUCUCUAUUUAUUUAUAGUAAACUAUGCAUAUUUUUUAAAUUUAUUUUUUAUCAUUGAAAUAAUCCUUUUUCAGAUUACCUGUACUUACCUGUGUUUUAAUCAAAUUUAAAUUGCUAAAACAACAAAAAACUUAUACCAACAUCUAUUGUUCUUUGUUUGUAGGAAUAGAAGGAAUAUGUAUUUAUAAAAUAUAGGAAUAGCAGGAAGACACCCUUCAGACAAGAAAUCAGAGAAGAUUAAUUUAUGAGUGUUUUAUUGACAUCUAAAAACAUAUAAAAAAUGUACGGAAAAGUACUAAUUUUGUGCAAUUUUCAUUUGCAUUUGGAAAACUUGGUUGAUCAACAAAAUUUGUUAAUCAGAGAUAAGUUAUAUCUUGAUAUUUUAUAAGACAUUUACAACUUCACCAGCAUUUUUAAAAUUUUUGUCAUAUUUUAGCCAAAGAAGGCCAUUAAACAUGUUAAAGUCCCAAGUUCUUUAAAGAACUUUUACAAAAUGUGUUUGUGUUAAAGUCUUAUGCAUGUACUUCUUACCAUACUGAGGUAACAGUUUUAAAAACAUGAUAAGCAAUUCGUUUAUCUUUAUGUAGAAAAUUCAAUGUAUGUUUGUUUUAAGAUUUUUUAAAGAUUUUUUAGGUAAUUGUUUUUAACCAAAUUAUCUAUACAUUUGUAUAACAACAGAGGUGGAUUUAUGGGGGUUGGCCCUCCUUAUGGACAUCUUUAUAAGGUUAAAGCACCUGCUUUUAAUAAAUCUAAUUCUUACUCCUUAGACUCCUAGCUAUGCCUUGAUCUAAUCCUGGAUCAGCAUUUGCAACCUACUCAGAAUUCAACAUUUUUAGAGAUGACUCAAUUGAAUUAAAUCAUUCAGCAUUUUAAGUCCCCUACCGGCGAAGUCGAAGGGGACUUUAGGUUUGCACUCUGUCCGUCUGUCUGUCCGUCCGUCCGUCUGUCCAUCAAUCAGUCCGGCAAAUCAGUUUUCCAGACUUUUUUUCUUCAUGCUUGAAGAUAUUGAUUUGAUAUUUGGUGUAUUGUUUUAUCAUGACAAGUUACAGGUUAAGUUUGAUUUUCACGAUUUUAGCUUUUCUCCUUGUUUAGUUAAAGCCCUUUCCCUAGAAUUAAAUUUUUGAUGAAAUACUUAUUAAUUACUAGAUUUCUGUUCAACGGGAAAAACUCAUUUUUUUAAAGAGAUUUGUAAAAGACAUUGUAUUAAGAUAAAUGGUAUUUUGGAUUUUUUUCCUUUUCUUUAGUAAAUUAUUUGAAGAAUUUAGUGGUAGGUUUGCUCCAUUACAAUGAAUUUUUAACUGGUAGGGGACUAUGUAUUGCCAUGCAAUACUCACAGAAUGCUUGUUAUUUUAGAUAUGUAUUUUGAUUUGUAUACAUAACAUAGUUUUUAGGGACAGUUUCUUUUUGUUCAUGUAUGAAUAUUUGAAUUCAUUCACUCAUUGAUUUAUAAGUGUUGGGUAAAUAAAAGUUUGAUUUUUUAAGGAUGAAAUUUUCACAUAUUCUGUGGUUUUUUUUUUUUAAACCAAACCAUUUUAUACAUAUGUGUAAGAGGAUUAACAUUGAGUAUUAAUAAAAUUCAUCAGUCAGUGGUUAUUCUUACACAAGUCAUGUUUAUUUACUUGAAGAUGUAAGUAAUUUUUACUUGUAAGAUUUUAUUAUUUUUUUUUAAUGUUACAUAAUUCCCCCUUAAUCUUCUCCAAAAAAUUCCCUUUACAAGUAAUACAUUUAAUACCUUUAAUACUCAAGUUUUGGGAGGUCAAAGCAUGCCUAUUGGCUAAACAAUAUUUGUCUGGUUUGCCAAUUGUUUUUAAUUAGAGUUCAAACUUUUACCUCAAAAACUAAACAUCUAAAUCUACUGCACACAGAUGUCAAAUAACUGUGCAAGACAUCAAAAAUUGCUCCAGAUUUUCAUUGUUCAUGAAAUUAUACUUUUAUGAGUAAAGACAACUAUUAAUGACCGACAAUUACACAUUCUAUUAGAGCCAGAGAAAGUCAAGAAAGAAAGAAAAUAAGACUUUUUACAAAUACAAGUUAAAAAAAAUCUGAAUGUCUAUAACUCUACCUCCAAAAUAAGUAACCUGUACCAGUAAAUAAAAAAAAACUCUUGUAUAAGUAUUAACUCUGACUGUAUGGAUGUGUGCCUGUACCAAGUCUGUAAUCUUGUCAGUGUGCCUUUUUUUGUCUGUUGAGAUUUUAGUGCUGGUAUUAGAUUUAUUUGGGAGGUAAUUUUUGGUAAGUUUUGCCCACCAAAUUAGUUUAAAGGGGACUAUGUGGUAUUAGAGCUCAGUAGAUGUGGAGUUUUGUUAACCUUGUAUUGUUUAGUUGCUGUCUUAUUGACAUUUACUUUACGUCUUGUUUUAUUCAUAUUUGGUGCUACAUGUACAUUGUAUUAUGGAUGUCUCUGCAAGUACAUGUAUAUAACAUUGAUUGAUUUAUUAUUUGUUAGCCACUUUCAGCACUUUUGUGCUAUUUCAUGGCGGUCCGUUUGUAUUCGUGGAGGAAGCUAGAAUGCACGGAGAUAACCAACGACCUUCAGUAGACAAUAUUAGUCAAUUAAGAUUGGAGUCGAACUCACAACCAAUAUUUUUGAAAAUGACUGUUAUUCAAAAUAAAUAUUACAGUGUUCACCCCUUCAUUUUCAAAUACAAUCAUGUAUGGGAUCACGGAAAUAGCACUGUUUCCUUGAAAUUAUAGCACUACACUGCUAAUUCAUUGAGAAUAUAAUAUUGCUUUUUCAAUAUAACACACUGUAUCAACCCGAGACACCAAUAUAAUCACAAGAGCUCUGCACUUUAUUAUGUACAAAUCUACUAUAUGUUUUUAACGUGACAUGACAUUUUUCAGAUUAGGGGGUUUGAUAAAUCCUUUGCAAACAUCACAUGAACAUUACGAAUAUCAAUGAAAUAAUGUUAUAAAUAUAAGUUGUUUGAUAAAGCCUUUGUAAACAUAUCAUUACGGAUGGCUGAUAAAGCACGAUUGCCAUUGAUUGUAUUAUUCAUACAAUUUACUUGUUAUUUCAACUUAUUAUAUUAGAAAUUAAAUUCUCUUAUAAGAUAUUGUCAGAUAGCACCAUGGAACCCUGGUGCUAGAAAGCUCUAGGGAGAACACUGGAUUAUCCACGGAACCCUGGUGCUAGAAAGCUCUAGGGAGAACACUGGAUUAUCCAUGCCUUAAAUCAUUGAUUAACACACCAAUUUCACUUACAAAGUAUAUGUACUACAUUGUAUGUGAGGACUAAUAUAACAGUCAAUUGUCAAUUGUUCCAAUGAUAUUUAUUUUUAUUAUGAGAAUAUCCCCUUAGAGGCCAGUAUACAUGUAAAUGGAAAUUUAUUCAUAUUUUAUUAAUUUCAAAAUUGAUAGCAGUUCUAGACUUAAAAGGCAUUGUCAUUGUUUAGACAUCAGACCUGCCAACCUUCACAGUUUAUGGGUGAUUUCCCCACUGAGACUUGAAUUCUGAAAUUCUUUAUCAUACAAACUAGACACCUCAAAAUAGGCAUUCAAAUGAGUUCAAAGGGUAUUUAAGCACAUAUAUAUCAUUCAAACAAUACAGUAGUAAAUUAAAAUACUUAUGACAAUAUAAGAGGAGCAUUAGGUCCUCGUGUGCUUAAAAUCCUCCAUGGAGAUUUUGAAAAGUUGGCAGGUGUGAGACAUUGUCAUAUCAUUUUUUCUAUCAUUACAUGCAGAUUGUGAUUUGUUGUUUAAUUGUGUAACAUAGUAUCUGUCUCAUGAAAUUUACAUCAAUUGUGUGUUUCCCUUAUUAUAUCAGCAAGUAUUUCAUUGUCUGACACGUAUUUUUAUAAAAUGAUGAGUUAUCUCCCUGUAACAGUACUUUUAUUUGAUUCUGUCCAAGUAGUUACAUGUAGUUAAUGUACCUCUUUUACAUGUGAGUUGUUUUCUGACAGGGUAUUUUAAUAAGUGUUAUUUUUUAACAUAUUUAGCUCAGUUUAGAGAUUUGACAUUAUUCCUGUUGCUUAUCAUUUACUAUGUUUAAGUGUGUGUAAACAUCAUGAAUUAAGAAGUUGAUAAUGAGAAUUUGUUUCAUUACUGUAAUUAACUGAACCCUUGGACAUAUUAUAUUGUUAUUAUAAAAGUCCCAGCUGUAGUGAGAUAAUAGAUUUUAAAAAUGUAAGACAUCAUUAUUUUUAUUGAUAUUUAAGAAAUGCUAUAAUGAAAACUCUGUUAGAAAUACUCAUCUAACUGCAUUGUGAUAUACACAUAUACAUGUAACUAUGAUAUCUUAAUUUUAUUGAUUAUAUUUUAGUACAGAAGUAAUAAUUAUAUAUACUUUUGUUUUGCCCCUUGAAUCUUAAAAUUAAGUCUUGUAAAUUUAUUCAAAAAGUUCCUACAUAUGUUCAUAAGACAUGUUUAGCCUAGUUGCCACAAAUUUGAAUUUUGCCUUUUAUAUGAUUAACCUGCAAUUAGCCAACAAUUGUUCAAAUAUAAUUAAUUUUUGCUUUAUUUGUACUAGGACAAAUGAAAUAUCAUGUUGUACUGCUUCAGUUUUUAGCAAAUUGUGAUGUGAAUAUUACUUUUUGCGUAACAGUUGAUUAGGUGGUCCUCUGCGUAAUCCACAUCCAAGUUUUGCCUUUUAUAAAAUACCAGAGACAGCUUUUCGGAAUUAAAAACUAAGUGUUAAAGAUCUUGAUUAAAAAUGCAGGAUGAAAUAAUGUGUAUACAUUUUUGGACAUAUAAAAUGCAGUUGUUUUUGUCCUGUUUCUAAAGCUCGUACAAAUAAAUUUUUAUAUUUUAUGACAAUGUACAUAUAUUGUAUAUGACUGCCGUUCAGGCAUUAUUUUUCAGUUUUCAGAAACAGGAAAUAAUGUAAAUAAAAAGUGGAGAUAAAUCAAAAAUAAAUAAUGGAAAGAAAUAUGAUCAUAUGUUUCUGGAAUAAUUUUCAGCUGGUAGGCCCAUGAGCAGAAGUUUGGAAAGCAAAAAGUAUCCAAUGUUUAGUAGUAUUAAAACCAAAAGGACUUAAAUAAGAUAGCUAUAAUUAUCUACGGUCAACUUUGUGUUAGGGAGAAGAAUUAUAUUACAGAAUUUGUACAUCAUGUAUAGAUGCCAUGCAAGCUUUUUUAUUCUCUUAUUCAGUGCCUUUAAUCCUGUUUGUUGUGUGUCUUUAUGACUGAUGAGCUAGAUAUUUUUGAAGCAGGAUAAUCAUAGUCAUUAUUUUGGAGACUAUUUUUAUACCCUUGACGUUUAUGUCAUAGAUCUGCAUUUUACCAGCUGUAUUUUUACCUUUUAAACAUGUAUUUUCUUAGAAUAAAAGGUGCAUUGAACUUUA